GGUGACUGAAUUCAUCGGCAAAGGUUGACCAUCUCCAACGCUCAAACGGAUAUCGCUAGAUUCUUUGACCUUUGCUAUGUCCAUCUUUGGAGGCAACCUGCUUUUAUCCGUUGUUGCAGCUCCAAUAUUGGACCAGUAUCCGUUGCGGGACGGCAUAAUAAUGGAUCUUGCAAUGGAGCGGAGGUGCUCACCCGAGACAUCAUGAAUGAAUGAAUGAGGCAAAGUUUCCUUUUUCUGCGUGUAUUUUGUUGAGGCAGACGCGCAAGGAAGAACAGCAAGAUGAUGAUCGGAUACUCCAACAGCCUUUUUUGGCUUGCCAUUACCUUUGUGGUAGCCACUGCGGAAAUUCAAGAUGAAGGUCUAGAUCUUGAGAGGAUUGCGACUGCCGCCAUUGAUAAGGCGAUUGAAAUCGAAGGAGCCGACUUUGCGAAAUUUCAAUUGGAAGAAGCGUUCAGCGGGGAACGAAAACUGCAAAACACUGACCGGCAAGAAGGCCAACGCUGUGGAAACAACAACCAGUGCGCCGAUGGCUUGGAAUGCGUGGAUGUGACCAUUGGAAGACGCUGCAAACCCAUCAACUGCAUCGCCAAUGCCAUCGUGAAGCAUCAGGAAACCUUUGAUCCGGAUGAAUACAAGCAAACCAUAUUGCAAUAUGCAGGAUUCACAGAGUCCGAGUUCACACUAGGAGUUCAAACCCUCAAUGGUCCGUUUGGUUUGCGAAGUAACAACAUGGUGGAUUCCUUUGCAGCUGCAUUGGAGGCAAACCCCCCUCCUCACAAAGAAUUGCGAGCGCUGGUCCGAAAAUGCGAACGCUCUGGAAAUAAUGAAACUGAUCCCAAUCAGAGUCAACCUGGCAGCACAACGACAUACGGCUUUUGGAUUGAAGUAGGCGCUGCUGGCAAUGUCGGAUUUCAAGUCCUGUCAGCGCAGGGAGAAGCCGAUGCAGCAGCAGUGACCCUGAACAAAUGGUGUAUUGGUGGAAAAGCUGGUGGUGGACUUGGGUUGAUGUUUGCCUAUGGUGUUCAUGGGACUGGAACGUAUCAGGACUUGAUCAAUUGGGCGGUACAAUCUUCAGCCGGUGGAGCAGCUGGUGUUGGCAUUUUUGUUGCAAACGUUUGUACCAUUCUCGGUCUCGGUGGAACCAUCGACGGCAUCGAGACUCAGGCUGGAGUUGGAGGUGGAGGAGGUGUGGGUGUUGGUGGGUGCACCACGAGCCUUGGUUGAUCUGGCACGACUGUACUAAUUUUGUGGGAGAGAAAGCGAUGCUACCCAGCCACGUAGGUUGGGACCGGUGUGUUCGAGUAGUAAGCUGGCUCUGGGCAACCAAGACAAAGUAGAUACCAUACCAUUGUGCUUUGAAGCGGCUGCUUGAUGAAAGUAGUAUUCCAUAGUACAAGUUGUAACGCAAUCUGAUCCAUCAAUGUUGCCCCAGCGAGAGAAAGGUCAUGUCUUCCUCUUCAAUAGUUCAGAGAACGGGGAAGUUACUAUGGUUAGAGGGGACUAUGGG